CCUUCGCCUCCUUCUUUUCCUCCUGUCUGCAGCAUACCUCUCUCCUCCGGCACCGUAAAUGUCAUCCUAAACCUGAGCGAGAGCAGAGGAAGCAGCAGAGCCACGCGGCUUUGUUUCCAAAAGCAGCUGCUGUGUUUUCCGCCAACCUCCUCCGUGAAUCAGCACCAGAAAACCUUGCAAAUUUAUCAAACUUCUAUCUUCACUUAAACCCAUUAACAUCACUUAAAUAACUCAAUCUAAAUGCAAGUUGUGUGGCAACCUUAAAGAAAGAGAGAGACUUCCUGAGAUGAUAACCAACUCCUGGAUAAUUCUGCCAAAUGACUCUAAAAACACUGACCCUGAUCAGGAAGAGCAAAAAUUAAAGUAACUCUUAAAACUCUGUAAAUGGCCUCAACCCCUGAACGUGUUUAAUAAAAAAGUCAAAGAUGAGCAUUCCAACUAAUUUUCAUGGAUUGAGGGUCAGUGUUGAUAGAGGAGAGAAGAUUGGAAAUAAAACCCAUUUCACCCCAUCAGGAGAUGAUAACGCCAAUCAAAUAACUUCAGCCACUGACCAAGAAGGUGGGGGUCUGGUUGAGGUUACAGGGUACAACACAAGCUCUAUUCCUCCACUGGUUCGUCAGAGUGACUCUCCAGACAAAAUUGUAAUCUGGGGAUCUGAACAGCAAUGUAUGGAGCCUGAGCUCAGAGAAUUUGAAAUCCACACAUUUUUAGGAAACCAAAGUCAGGAGGAGCAUAACGAAGAGGAAGAUGAUGGAGAAAGCACGAGAGAUGGUAAGGAUGAGGGUCCCAUGUCCAUAUCCUCAAGUUCCACAGCCAGUUCUACUUCAACCGGUGUCAGACGAAACUACGACCACAACAGAGAAGAGAGCAGAAUACAGAGGAGCAAAGACAAACGCAUUGCCUGUCACAGUACUGAAGAGCUGGAUACAUAUGUGACAGGCUCAGUCGAGAAAAGAGACACCAGAACAGGCAGGGAUAGACGGACAGGGGGUCUGAAAGAAUCCAAGUCUGAGACAAAUGUAUUUGUUUCCAGUCUGUCAGCUGUUGCUCUUGGUGGAAGUCUGUCUAGUGCUCUGGAUUCCAGCGGUGAAGCAUCUCUUAUUUCCCUACCCCACCCCAAGACAAACCUUUUUCCCAACACCAAUUAUACUACCUCAGCCCAGACCAGCAGAAGGGCAGCUUCCCUAGACACCAAUCAGAACUCCCCACCAUUUCGUCCUCAAGAGAGUUACGACUGUCAACAAUACUAUUGCCAGGAACAGAGACUGGAGGAAAGGAGUCAUCAUAGAAAUGGAAGGUCUUCUGAUGGAGCGUUGGGCCAAAGGAGAAAGACUGGAUUUGAGGAGAGGGUGCUGCCGCCUCGACGCCAACAACUUGUCAGACCCCUCUGCCAGUCAGAGAUGAUAAGAGACAGGAACUUGCCAGAGCCUAAAACUCAACAAACUGGAACAGUGCUGCAUUCCUCCAACAACGCAUCACCAGAGUCACACAGCAGCAGGUCAAGCAGAAAGUUUACAAAAUCUGCUUUAAGGGAACCAUCAGACUUCUCCCACCUUUACAACAUGAGUGUUAUCUCCCAGCUAAGACAGACUAACCAGGCAUCCCAUAGGGAGGUUCCACCCAUGGAAAAACAGGCAACUACAACUACACAACAUCUUUCUGGUCCCUCCAACACACCCACUCUGGAAAACAAACCUCAGGCUCACCUCACUUAUCGAAGGAACUGCUCCAGUCCCAACAAGACUGGAGUUGAAUCCAGGUCAUCUACCCCGCCUCAAUCCCCUCUCAGGACACCACAGGGCUCACCACGGAGGCAGCCCUCUAUGUACCUCAUUUCCAGGAAUGUCUCUGGAGCUUCUAGGCACAUCCCAUCAGGAUGCAACCCAGCUGUACCAACCUCAGCUCAGGGCUAUGGCAACAGUUGUUUGAGAGCUCCAGUGAAAGCAAACAUAAGCACAAGUGGAAUCCCAAAAGCGCCUCUUAACAUCCAGCAGAGCUCCUCUAACUCUAACCCUAAAGAGAACUCUCCAUCACCUAAACUUAAACCUAAAGGAAUCCGCCCCAAGAUCAUAACGUCUGUUCGAAAAAAUCCUCAGUUUAAACUCCAGGCUGCUGAUGGACCAUAUCAGGUCUCAUCUCUGCCAUCCAGACUCUCGAAUUACACUAACAGCCAACCACCAGCGGCCUUUAAGGAUCCAUCUAAAGACCUGCGCAGAAACCCUGACGCUGAAACCCGAGGAACCCCUGUACUUAGUGCCUCCAACCCACUCUACGAUAAAUAUCGCCAAGAGAUGCAGGUGAACAGUUUCCCACCAGGGCUGCAAAACAGGAGCAUUAGGACUCCUGGAAACACAAACACAGUUCCCCCAGCACAUGCACACAGCCACAAUGCAUCCCCGAAACUGAGCGGCAGGGUGGAGAACUUCUAUGGGACAUCAUCUGAGGUGGGGCGAUCCAACAGUUUAAAAGGCAUCUCCUCCGAAGAUGCAUUGCAGGGCAGGACAGUUACACAGGUCGGAGGAAGUGGAAGUCUCAUUCGUUCGGGCAGAGGCCUCCGUUUGGGUCUUGGAGCCGUCACCAGAACAACUGCGGGUUCCGUAAAGACCCGUGGUCCCAGUCAAGGACAGAGGUCGGCGUCGGUCUUCAGCCAGCCAAUCCAAACCGUUAGCCCAGCGAUCAGCCAGGAAAGCCAAGAUAACACAGAUGACCAGGUUUUCAGCCAUCAAGCUCCUGCAGCUCCUCCUGCUUCCACACCAUUGUCCCAACCCCCGUCCACAGCCUCCAGAUCUCUGCUUCCCAAAGUCAGUCAGUCUGGGUUGCGGGCUCCAGGUUUCUCCUCCAACCGUCUCCCGGCAAGCCGCCUGGCAGCCUUUGGUUUCGUCAGGAGUUCCAGCGUCUCCUCAGCGUCCUCAGCCCACUCCGCUGACAGUGUGCAGAGUGAUCCCUGCAGGACAGCACACCGUCUGAGUGUGAGUGAGGAACCUCCGCUCCACAGAGUGACAACAAGCCCUCCAUCAACAGAUCAACAGAGGGAUCCGCCAUGUCGCAGCAGCAGCCUGCAGCCCCCCUCCACCCCGGCCUUACCACGACGCUACCUGCCACCCCAGCCAAGAAGCUCACCUGGAGUUGGCAGAAAGGAGUUUCAGCGGAGUUCAGAGGUCACACGUUCUCUUCCUUCUUCGCCAAAAAGGUUGGCAGUGGUUCCCCCGAAACUCCAGUCCCCAGUCCAGCCCGGGCAGCGACCUGCAGCGGCAGUGCGGGGUUCCACUCCUUCAGGGUCACCUCGGCGUCUGGCUCCCCUGAGGCCGCAGCAGGAACACCAGGAGAACUUGCAGAAAGAGAAAGAAGAAGCUCAGCAGAAAGAGCAAGAAAGGCAAGCAGAUGAGAAAGAAAAGAUGGAACAAUUGGAGGAGGUUCAUAGGUUACAGAGGUACUGCAACCAUCAGGAGAGGCAGCUAAAGACUCUGAGGGAAGAGCUGCAGAGAACUUCUCUAGGUCUUGAUGCCUUUAUCAUCACCACUCAGCAUUAUUGCUUCAAGAGCAAAACUGCUGAGGAAGUUCAAAGUGAAUUGUCCCUGGAGUUGAAGAAAGCCAGAGAGGAAAUGACCUCCCACUCGGUGCGCUGGGAGAGACUCCAGCAGGACAAAACAGCGCUGGAGGUGGCGUUUGAGCGCGAGCUGCAGGAGCUCCAAGUGCAGCAGGAGGCAGAGCUGGCUGCGGUGGAAGAAGGCCUCAGGAAGUGUCACACUGCUGAGGUGGAGCACCUGAAGGAAGAGCAUCGGUUGGAGAUGGAGGAGUUGACGACUCAGCAGCAGGAGCAGAUGGAGGAGGUGACAGUUAACCACCAGGCAGCUAUGCAGGAGCUUAGAGACAUGCAUAAUAUCACCAUGGCAACACUGCAUGAGGAGCAUGCUCGUACCAUGAGAGACUUGAGAAAAGCUCAUGAGCAACAGAAGCUCCUCCUAGAGGAAGAUUUUGAGAAACUCAGGCUGUCUUUACAGGAUCAAGUUGAUAUGCUCACAUUUCAAAACCACAGUCUAAAGGACAAGGCCAAACGCUUCGAGGAAGCUUUGAGAAGGAGUACGGAUGAACAAAUCAUUGAUGCUUUAGCUCCGUACCAGCACAUUGAGAAAGAUUUGAAGAGUUUGAAAGAGGUUGUUGAGAUGAAAAAUCAGCAGAUUCACCAGCAGGAGAAGAAGAUCUCAGACUUGGAGAAAGUGCAGGCUCAAAAGAACGUAUUUCUCGAAGAGAAGAUCCAGGUUCUGCAGCAGCAGAAUGAAGAUAUGAAGGCUCGUAUCGAGAUGAACCUUGCUGCGUCUAGGCAACUGACAGAGGAGAACGCCAACCUGCACGAGUCUGUGGAGAAGGAGAGCACUGAGAAGAAGCGCCUGAGCCGCAACAACGAGGAACUGCUGUGGCUUCUCCAGACCAGCCCCCUCAUAUCCCCGGCCUCGUCCCCACUCCACCGCUCUUCCUUCUCCACCUCCCCUGUCCCCUCCUCCCCGCUGUUCUCCUCCUCACCACUGGCAGGGUGCGACUCGCCCACCCACUGUCACGGCUGUCCCAGGCAAGCUCAGUACUGCUCCCCAUCGCACAGAGCUGCCAUCAAUCAAAACCUCUCUCCCGGGCCAGCCACGCCCACUCACAGGGCGGCUUUCAAUCACAACUACUCCUCCGGCCCGAACACGCCCACUCACAGGGUGUCGUCAGGUUGCUCUAACUCAAACACCUCUUUACAGAAUUAAAAGAAGCUUCCAAAGCUCACACGUCCCCCAUUUUUUCUUCAGUACUCCAAUUUUUUUCUUUGUAGGCAUGUAUGAUGUCACAAAAAAGUAACUAGGACCAGUUACCAUCAUACUGUACAGACACUGUGAACCACGCUGAUGGUGGUGUUUGUGAUGCAGAGAUUCUAUAAGUUAGAUGUACAAACACAAAAAAAAUGCUGGCGACCACUGAAUUUUCCAGUCAGAGCUUCUGACUGUUCUAUGUGUGUUCAUGUCUUUUUAAUUGCACACUGUAAAUAUUGUUAAAUAUUAGAACAGGUGUUGUUGAUAGAUAAACCUCCCCUGCAUGUGUCCUGCAUAGUGCAAAUGUAGAGAUGAAAAUUACACAUUCGGUUCACGAGAAUACGAUACUUUCGUGUGGCAAAGACGCAUUCACAUGCACACACACACAAACACACACGCAUCCUCAGUAAAAUAAGCUGUUCUCCAUUAGAGUAAGAUGUGGAAGGAGAGUCAGUUCUCUCCUUUCAUCUGGACUAAACAAAGCGCCUUAAACUUGGUCCUACCACCUCGCCAGCAGAGAGUGACCAAUGUUUUAUUUAUAAAGGACUUCGGUUCAAGAAUUGGUUUGUAAAUUGAAGCAAAUUGCCUCCUCGAGUUCUAUUUGAGAGUUUCUAAUUAGCUCAGUGCUGAUAGUUUAACCUCCUCGGAGCCAUGUUACCUGCAAAAUACUGAGAACUUUGUGUAUUUUUUACAGCCUUGCCAGGUCUUCCUUUACAAGACAAGCUCCUCUUUACUUCAGGUCCCUCAGGUCAACUUUCAAAAUCUGUGUUUGCUGUUUUCUAUGUAACUCAGUGGAAAUGUGCAGUCUGUUGUGUCUCAACAACAGUAAUCAGAACACAACAUAACAGAUAACGGAGCGCUCAGAACUAAGGGAAACCUCGCACAGGAUUUAUUGUUUUAAUUGUUAUCUAUUACUUUAUAGUGCAAUGUUUAACUGAUUUAUUUAUUACGCCUUUUGCUAAUUAAGCAAGCAUGUACUGUGAAAGUCUUCCGGUUUUAACGUAAAAAUAGUUAUUGCUGUGAUCUAUUUAUUGAUGCUGAGAUGUUUAGAAAAUAUUUGUGCGUUUGUAAGUUUAAAAAUGUUUGUCAUGGGACAGAAGUGGAAUACAGAUUUAUGACCCCAGUAGAGCAGAUAAUUUGGAGAUCCCAACUAUAUUGUACAUUACACUGGUUUGAAUAUGCAAAAGUAUUCACAUCCCCUAAAUAUUUUCACAUUUUAUGGCAUCAAAACCCCAAACAUCUUUGUCUUCAUAAGGCUUUUAUGUCAUAGACCAACACCAAGUAGCUAGAUUUACUCUAAUCCAUUGCAAGUAACUGUCCAUGUUAUUAUUUUUUAAUAAAAUUGCAUAAUAGCUCUAACUCAGCAAGGAUGCAAUUGUGAACACCCACUUUCAAGUCUCACCACAGACUCAUAUGGAUUUAGGUCUGAACUUGGAUUCCAGCACAUGAUAAUACGCUUUGUUCAACAUCAUUCCACCCCAAAUGUGUUAAGUCCUUGUCCUUACUGUUUCCAUUUUGAGAUGAUCAACAAAACAGUAUUCUGUGAGGUGUGCUUUGCAUUUAAGAUUUUUUGAAGUUGAAAAUAUCCAUUUCACCCAACUUUGUGUUUUGUCUAUCACAAAACUCCUAAAGAUACACGAAAGUUUGUUGCUGUGGUGUGUCAAAGAGUUCAAGGGGCAUGGAUUCUCGGUAUCUGUGGUGCAUGAAUGCAUAGUGUUUUAUUUCAUUGAGUGAACAGAGGACAUGUUUAGAACAAACAGGACAUAAAUUAUUGGAUUUGUCCAUGGAUGCAGAAAAUUCUAGAUUAAACUUUGAGGGGACUGUCUUGUGUAAAAUGCCUCUAAAUUAUGUUGGUAAAACAGAAAAAAAUUGUUUACCUUAAGUGAUGUACUUAAUUAGUGUAGAACUUGUAGAACCUGUAUUUGUAGUACAUCUUCAUCACCUUUUCUGCAAUACAUUUUAAUUUACAAUCUGCAAUUCAUUCACUGAAUGAAUUGCAGAUUCAAUUCAUUCAGUGAAUGAAUAGCUUAUUCAGGGAAAUCUGAGUUGCAAUUUAUAAGAUUUUCUUUCUUUCUUUUGUACAGCUGCCCUGUAAAAACAAUUUUAAAAAGAUUUCCCCCAAAAUUAUUUUACAAAACAGCAUGGCAUAAGCCAACUAGGACUAAAUAAAAUGAGUAAAGGUAACAAGAAAAUUUUAUAUUUCCACUAUUUCAGAUGGUGUGUUAUAUCUGCUUCUCACAGUAAAUUACCCUCAGAGUCAUGGUGUUUUGCCUGGCUUGAAAUAAUAUACUCUAAGCUACAGGUCUUUAUCCACAAAAUUGAAACAGUUUAAACUUUACCCACUGUAUAUAGAUAGAUGCAGGGGUGGGUAAUCCUGGUCCUCGAGGGCCGGACUCCUGCAACUCUUAGAUGUCUCCCUGGUCCAACACACUUGAAUCCAAUAGCGGAAUCACCUCCUAAGUACAGUCAGGUUCUCCAGAGUCCUGCUAAUGACCUCAUUAUUUGACUCAGGUGUGUUAAAAGUAGAGAUACGUCUAAAAGUUGCAGGAGACCAGUCCUCGAGGCCUAGAUUUGCCCACCUCAAUGUCAAUAGUUUUACUACCAAGGGGAGCAUGCAUUUGGAUUACUUAUUAUCGUCAUAUUUAUUGGUAAACUGACAUUAGGGAAUUGAAGUAGUUGGGUUUAAUGGGGUUUUUCAUGUGGAGAUCUGGUGCUGGUCCUUACAAAACUCUCUUGAACACUUACUCUGCAAAGAAAAUGUAAAAAGAUAUUGACCAGCACACUUGAUUUGAAUGUUUCCACCAGCUUCAUUUAAAUGUUAUUGGACCAAGCUUUCAGUGACAACAGUUCUCCAGUAUAGAUGUGUGCUAAAGCCUUUGAAAUAAAUAAUAAAUUAUUUUCUUUCUCAAUGGUUUUCUGAUAUGAAGUUUUGGACAUUUAUUUGGAAGGUAAAGCUACACUUCAGCCUAACUGUAAUACAUUUUCUCUUGUCUUUCCCAUGCUGAAGUGUUACUAGCAGAAACUGGCCCUUGUGUCAUGGAUUACCUAUUAAAAGUUUAUCACCAUGGCUGAUUUCAAUGAUUAUUGUUCAAAUAAAAAAUGCUUCUGGAUAUUGAGAAGUAUUUUAGAAAUGUGGUUAAAUCAAUCCUCCUACCGCUUUAUUUCAUUUAAAUGAUGGAUUGCUGCAGCAAUAAAAUAAAUAUUUAUUAUAAUGCUUUUUAUACAUCUUUACUGGGGGUGAAAAAAAUCUAUGGGAGAUGUUGGUCUGUAACGUCUUUACCAGCACUUUUUGAUGGUCUUGAAAAGAACUCUUUUCAUUACAUUUCAACUUUUUGUAUGAUGUGGACACAGGGUUGAAUGCUCGUCGCAGAAGAAUGUCAAAUGCAGUGUUUGAGAAAUGUAUUGAAACGGUCACAAUUCUUUUAUUUCUUUUUUCUACACUGAUGAUUUUAAGAAUGUCUGCUCAGUUAUAAAAAAGAAAAAAACAAACAAAAAAACAAAACAAAACAAAACAAAAAGAAUGUGGACUGAAAAAUACCAGUCAAAAACUGUUUUCAGAUUGUUUGGGAUUAUUUUUCCUCACUUACACCACCGACAGAUUCCUCCUAAAGGUUCACCUCAGGUGCAAAAACUACAGUCUACAAAGAUGCAACAAAACUAUUGUUUACAAAUGGCAGCACACAGUUCUGAAUUUCAAAAUAAGUCUUUUGCAUGGACUACAGUUUUUAAACCCUAAACUGGUAUUGUAAAGACCCUGCAAUGUGUCCCGUGGACAUUUGUGUCUCACUUUGCUCUGAAUGUCAAAAUUGUAAUGAUUGCAUUUUGUAAAACUCUUUCAUGCCAUUUUGUUUACUAAAGAAGGACCUCUUUUGUGAUCAUUUUGUAGCAGCUAUUGAAUAUGUAGCAUUUGGUCAAAACUACUUACAGAACAGCGUAGAUAAUUUAUUACAUUUGGCAAUGUUUUUAACAUUCAUGUUGGUUUCUAAAUGCUACUGUAGCAAAUGUGGCUUGUCAACCUUCAAUUCAAUUAAUUAUUAAAAUGUAUAGAGGUGAUCUUCAAAACUUUAGCUCCUAUGGAUUUUGAUCCUGAGACGAGCUUUUUGGUGCUGAUUGUAUGUUUGAAUGUAAAUACAUUUACAACAUGAGUUGUGUGUCUUAGUGCACCGACAGAAAUAGAAGCAUGUUUUUUCGGCCUUUGCUGUCCUUGUUCUCCUUUUCUCUUCUUUGACUUCUCUGCAUUGUCCACGGUUAGGUUGUAACUGUAGCGUGGGGAGAUAUACAAGAGAAGGAAUAAAAUCAUUCAUCAAUGUAAUGUGAACACAGUAUGUUGAUGCCUUUGUUUGUCAUUACGAGACAGGACAAUAUUAAAGUGUUUAAGAAAA